GCGCAUCGAAGUGUUUAUCUCUUUAUCCAAGUACUGGUUAUGAAGCGGAAGCGUAGGGAUGUGCGGUUCGAAGUGGGCGCCGGGAGAGCUGGCGGGAAGGGCGGUCUAUUAGCUAGUGUCUCCAUGAGAGUGACGCUGGUCGAUCUUUUCUGCGUCGAAUCCUCUUCUCCCCGUGCGUGCUGUGCGGCGCCCAAGCAGCAGCAGGGGGAGGCGGGGAGGCAGGGCCAGAAUGGUUGAUCUCGAUCAGUAGAGAUCCAGCACGAUAUAGUAAUCAUAAUGUUGGAGGGGGACAUGAUAAUUCGAGAGAGGUCUGCCUGUGACAGUUGUUACUUAGGGAGGGGUGAAUUGGCGGUGGCAAUUAUCCCUCGGAUAGGAAUAUUGUCCCUCGGAUAGAAAUGCCAGCAGCACGCGCACUAAACUACAUACUACCUAUAUAACUCGACGAUUAACCCGUCGCAGCUGGACCUAGCAAACUGUUCCAUCCUGUCCAAUAGGUAUACAUAGUCAACUGCCACCAUUUCGCCGAAAAUGACAGGGCCCGAGCCAGGACAGAAGACGGUUCUCAUCACCGGGUGUACGCCCGGGGGCAUCGGCCACGGCCUAUGCCUGGAAUAUCACCGCCGAGGCCUCCAUGUCAUCGCCACCGCCCGCAGGCCUGAGGUGCUGGAAGAGCUUGCCGCCGUGGGCAUGAGCACUCUUGCGCUCGAUGUCACCGAUGCCGACAGCAUCAAGAGAUGCCACCAGGAGGUUGCGAGUCUCACCGGUGGCAAGCUGGACAUCCUCGUCAACAACGCCGGCCGGACGCACACCCACCCCGCGACCGACAUCUCGCUGCCGGACGUGCGCCAGACGUUCGAGACCAACGUCUUCUCCAUCAUGGCCAUGGUGCAGGCGUUCGUGGACCAGCUGAUCGCCGCGCGGGGGCUCAUCAUCAACGUCUCGUCGCUGUCGUCGGUGACGCCGUACGUCUUCGGCUCCGUCUACUGCGCCAGCAAGGCCGCCGUGAGCGCGUACUCGCGCACGCUGCGCAUGGAGCUCGCGCCCUUCGGCGUGCGCGUCAUGGUGUCGAUGACGGGCACGAUCCGCAGCAACACGGCGAGCCAGGGGCACCGCACCCUGCCACCCGACAGCCUGUACGCGCGCGCGCGCCACGUCUUCGAAUGGCGGCUCGCCUUCAGCCAGAACGACUCGACCAUGCCGACCGACGUCUUCGCGCGCCGCCUCGUCGCCGACUCGCUGCGCCCCGAGCGGCCUCUCUUCCUGCGCACCUGGUUCGGCCGCCCCGACUGGUUCUGGUACGGCGGGCUGGCGCGCAAGGUCUGGCUCGGCACCGCCGUCGGCGAGUGGGUCAUCGAUACCGUCUGCUGGUCCCGGUUCCGCAUGGACGAGGUGCAGAGGCUGGUGAGGGGCGCCUCAGAGUAGAAGAUACCUGCAUCGCAGCGUGAUUCCCCCGAGAACGGACGAACGGAAGGAGGAGUAGGUGUAUCGCUACCGCGACGAAUCCCAGCUACGGAGAAAACGUCUGUCGAUGUGUUUUACAGUCAAUAAAUGCCCAUCGUUUGUGUGCUCACCUAAAAUAUGAGACCGGUUACCACUCGACAAGGGGCAACUAAUAAAUGAUGACAAACAGUGAGACAUGCAAUAGUUUAUUCUUAACCCACGCUCUAUAAGUAGGUAACUGGAUAUGCUGACAACAGGGC